AUGAUCAGUGACGGGCAACUUGCGAGUGCUAACUUCCCACACAACCACUUUACUCAUGUUUUUAUUGAUGAAGCUGGACAUGCCGAGGAGCCAGAAGCUAUCAUAGCUGUCUCCAACCUGCUGAACCCAAACAAUUCCAAAGGAGGUCAGCUUGUACUUGCCGGUGACCCAAAACAACUGGGACCAGUACUGAGGUCGCCAAUGGCCAUUAAGUUUGGCUUAGCUACAUCGUUCCUGGAGAGGUUAAUGACAGACAACUCAUUGUAUGCACGUAAAGAGGAGGAACCACAUUAUAAUCCGAAGGUGAUGACAAAGCUGCUGCAGAAUUAUAGAUCUCAUCCUGAAAUCUUGGAGUUGCCAAAUGAGCUGUUCUACGAUAACGAACUAGAAGCCAAAGCUAAUGUAUUUAUGAGACAGAUGAUGUGCAGAUGGGAAGAACUACCAGAAAAGAACUUUCCAUUAAUCUUUCACGGUGUUGAAGGUAAAGAUGAAAGAGAAGGGACCAGUCCAUCAUUUUUCAACACCAAAGAAUGCCAUGCUGUUUUUGAAUAUAUUCAAAAACUGAUGGAGGGAAGGCAUUCAGGGAAAAAGUUGAAGCAGUCAGAUAUUGGUGUGAUCUCACCCUAUCGUAAGCAGGUUCAAAAGAUUCAGAAAGCCCUUGAUAAGCGUAACUACAAAGAUAUCAAAGUGGGCUCAGUUGAAGAAUUCCAAGGGCAGGAAAGACUAAUUAUUAUUGUUUCAACUGUACGUAGUAGUGAGCAAUUUCUCAAAGACGACAAACAUUUCAAACUUGGUUUCCUUAACAACCCAAAGAGAUUCAACGUUGCAAUCACUCGUGCAAAGGCAUUAUUAAUUAUUAUCGGAAACCCUGUAGUGCUAAGCAAAGAUAAAAACUGGAAAAGUCUUAUUAACUUCUGCAAUGAAAGAGGGGGAAGCACGGGAGUAAGAUACCGAAGUGAUAUUAAUAUGCUCAGUGAAUUUGAUGCCAUUAAUGAUACUGAAUCAGAUCUGGAAGACGAAAACGACACUGGUGUCAGUCUCGUCGCGCAGCACAAUGAACCAGCAUGGCCUGGAGAACACUAAAGCUUCAACAAAUGUGGCAAAGACAAGCCAAACCAGUCACUGGUCACAAAAAUCACUUUUUAGUUAUUAAUACAGGGUUAAAUGAGAGCUAUAAGAUGGUAAAAGAAUUAUUUAAAUCUGACAUUUUGUU